GGGGCUGCGUUCUUUGGGCCUGAGUUUCCCCUUCUGUGAAGCCAAGGGGUUGGACUCACUGCAUCCAAAUUGGAUGCUGAGUGAUACCGAUGUUUCUCAACUACCUUCCUAGACUCUCACCUUUCCUGUCCCGUCCUGGGGGGCGGUGCCCGGACUCUUUCUUUACGACCUGGGAAAGCUCAGCCCUGGCUCCGCCGCCGCAGGCGUGCUGGGCUGACUCCAGACCUCUGCCUUGCCGGACCAACUGUCAGAGUUUUCAAAUUAAAGUGAGCGCCGGCCCAGUCGGGGCGGGGCGGAGCGCAAGGGGACCCCGCGGUCGCGACCAACCGGCAGGCGUGACCCGGGCACUCCAGCUAAGUGGGGAGGCUUGCUUGCCCAGACGGUGCGGAGCUUCCAGGGGCGAGGUCCGGCUUUCCUUCGGCGCUCCAGCCGACGGACCCAACCGUUCUUUGAGGUCUUGUACCGAAAGAGAAACUGAGGCACAGGGUGCUCACAGCGAGUUCAUGGAAGCUGUCUUUUUCCCGGGCACCGAGGGCUCCUGGAGGGGAGAAAGUGGGGAAGGCAGCCUCCAGCUACAGCAUGAACUGACAAUACCUCAGUGGAAGACUGCAGAAAGCCUCAUGAGAGAAAAGCAUCCACUCAAAGCUGAGCUGAGCGUCAUGGCGGAGGGGAGAGAAUUGAUCCUGGACCUGGAGAAGAAUGAGGACCUUUUUGCUCCAACCUACACAGAAACCCACUAUACUCCAAGUGGAAGCCCUCGAACCACCACGCUGAAGUCUGAGGAUCAUUGCUUUUACCAUGGGACAGUGAGGAAGGCGGAAGAGUCCAGUGUCACACUCAGCACCUGCCAGGGAAUUAGAGGACUGAUUAUGGUGAACAGGAACCUCAGCUACAUCAUCGAGCCCCUCCGUGACAGCGAGGACCAACACCUUAUUUACAGAUCUGAACAUCUCAAGCUGCCCCCAGGGAACUGUGGUUUCCAGCACUCUAUGCCCACCUCCAGAGACUGGGCCCUUCAGUUUACAAACCAGACCAAGAAGCGACCACGCAGGAUGAAAAGGGAAGAUUUACACUCCAUGAAGUAUGUGGAACUUUACCUUGUGGCUGAUUAUGCAGAGUUUCAGAAGAAUCGACGAGACCAGGAAGCCACCAAACACAAGCUCAUGGAGAUCGCCAAUUAUGUUGAUAAGUUCUACCGAUCCUUGAACAUCCGGAUUGCCCUCGUGGGCUUGGAAGUGUGGACUCAUGGGAAUAUGUGUGAAGUUUCGGAGAAUCCGUAUUCUACCCUCUGGUCAUUUCUUAGCUGGAGGCGCAAGCUACUCUCCCAGAAGAACCAUGACAACGCACAGUUAAUCACGGGUAUGUCCUUCCAUGGCACCACCAUCGGCCUGGCCCCCCUCAUGGCCAUGUGUUCCGUGUACCAAUCUGGAGGUGUGAACAUGGACCACUCCGAGAAUGCCAUUGGUGUGGCUGCCACCAUGGCCCACGAGAUGGGCCACAACUUUGGCAUGAGCCAUGAUUCUGCGGAUUGCUGCUCAGCCAGCGCAGCUGAUGGUGGGUGUAUCAUGGCUGCGGCCACCGGGCACCCCUUUCCCAGAGUGUUCAAUGGAUGCAACAGGAAGGAGCUGGACAGGUAUCUGCAGUCAGGUGGUGGGAUGUGUCUCUCCAACAUGCCAGACACCAGGACGCUGUAUGGAGGCCGGAGGUGUGGGAACGGAUACCUGGAAGACGGGGAAGAGUGUGACUGUGGGGAGGAGGAGGAAUGUAAUAACCCCUGCUGCAAUGCUUCCAAUUGUACCCUGAGGGAAGGGGCGGAGUGUGCCCACGGCUCCUGCUGUCACCGGUGUAAGCUGCUGGCCCCCGGCACCGUGUGUCGUGAGCAGGCACGGCAGUGCGACCUUCCGGAGUUCUGCACGGGCAAGUCUCCCCACUGCCCCACCAACUUCUACCAGAUGGAUGGCACGCCCUGUGAGGGCGGCCAGGCCUACUGCUACAACGGCAUGUGCCUCACCUACCAGGAGCAGUGCCAGCAGCUGUGGGGCCCUGGAGCCCGGCCUGCCCCUGAUCUCUGCUUCGAGAAGGUGAAUGUGGCAGGAGACACCUUUGGAAACUGUGGGAAGGACAUAAAUGGUGAACACAAGAAGUGCAACAUGAGAGAUGCCAAGUGUGGGAAGAUCCAGUGUCAGAGUUCCGAGGCCCGGCCCCUGGAGUCCAACGCAGUGUCCAUUGACACCACCAUCAUCAUGAACGGGAGGCAGAUCCGAUGCCGGGGCACUCAUGUCUACCGAGGUCCUGAGGAGGAGGGUGACAUGCUGGACCCAGGCCUAGUGAUGACUGGGACCAAGUGCGGCAACAACCAUAUAUGCUUCGAGGGGCAGUGCAGGAACACCUCCUUCUUUGAAACUGAAGGCUGCGGGAAGAAGUGCAACGGCCACGGGGUCUGCAACAACAACCAGAACUGCCACUGCUUCCAGGGCUGGGCCCCGCCCUUCUGCACGACGUCCGGCCCGGGGGGCAGCAUCGACAGCGGGCCCAUGCCCCCCGAGAGUGCUGGUCCAGUGGUAGCUGGAGUGUUGACAGCCAUCUUCAUGCUGGUGGUCCUGAUGCUGAUGUACUACUGCUGUAAACAGAACAACAAACUGGGCCAACUCAAACCCUCAGCCCUCCCGUCCAAGUUAAGGCAACACUUCAGUUGUCCCUUCAGGAUGUCUCAGAACAGCGGAACUGGCCAUGCCAACCCAACUUUCAAGUUGCAGACGCCUCAGAGUAAGCGAAAGGUGACCAACACCCCUGAAACCCCUCGGAAGCCCUCCCAGCCUCCUCCCCGGCCCCCUCCAGACUACCUGCAUAAGGGGUCCUCACCUGCGUCAUUGCCAGCGCACCUCAGCAGGGCUGUUAGGAAUGCCCCGGGGGCCAAGUCUCAAGUUGAGAGAAAGGAGUCAUCCAGGAGGCCUCCCCCAAGCCGGCCAGUACCCCCUGCACCGAAUUACAUCCUCACCCAGGAUUUCUCCAGGCCUCGACCACCCCAGAAGGCACUGCCGGCUAACCCAGUGCCGGGCCGUAAGACCCUCCCAAGGCAAGGCGGCCCCUCCACACUGCUACCCUCUGCUGCUGGCCCUCAGCAUUCCCGGCCGCUGGUAGCACCUGUCCCAAAGUUUCCUGAAUACAGAUCACAGAGGGCUGGGGGAAUGACUAGCUCGAAAAUCUAGACCUGGUUAGGGGGUUUCGCCCUUUCCUUGAGGACUCUGGAUACCCCAGAGGGUCCAGUGGCCAUGGAAUCUGGAAGAAGCAUGUCUGGCCACCCCCGAGCUCCUCCUCCCUCCUCCCAGAACCACCGAAUCUCCGAAAAUCUCCUUCUGGACACAUCGCCUCCUCAGCUUCCUCAAAGGCCCAGAGGGACAACUGUCGAUGGAAUCUAAGUGUUGUUUUGUGCAAUAUACAGCCCAGGGUGUGGAGGGGAGAGCACAGGGGAGGGUGAAUAACAGCGUCUCCCUCCAGCCUCCCUUCUACUGGCCCCUUAGCCCAGGGAUGGCAAUGGGGAUGGUCGAGGCUGUCUUGAGCCGGCAAGCCCAGCUGGGGAAAGUCCUGUUCAGCCCUCUGGCCAGGACUUAGCCUGGAGAAGCCAUGUCCUAUGGGGGAGGGCACACGUGAGAGUGUUCCAUUACCUGCCUUCCUGAAGGUCUCAGGCUGGAUGGAGGCUGGGCACUUGUGCAUCCUUUUUAGCACCGGGAACCAGCCACUGCUCGGGCCCUGCCCAGGUCUUGGUUGAGUGAUCUGAGGUGACAGCUCCUGGCUUUGUGGCUGCAUGUGAACAAGUCAAGUCCCCCCCCUCCCCCCACCUCACCCUGUGCCUCCCCUUUUAUCCACACGGGUCACUCUGACUCACACAGGUACUAUUUGUAGGCAACGCAGACAGCAGGGGGAGCACCAGGCUUGGGCCUCCUCUGAGCCGUAAUGCCAAAGGUUGUGACUGUAAUUCUUGGUUGCUCUGUUUUCGCUUCUGCACUUCCCAAGUGCCCCAUGCUUUUGAUUUCUCCUUGGCCUAUCAGACCCUCUCUGAUGCGCGGUGCUUUGGUGAGUGGAUCCUCAGCCGUCCUAACUUUCUGGAGACCUGGUGCUUGUGACCUAAAAGUCAAGGUCCUGCCUCAAGGGUUGGCAGCUUGGACGUCCUGCAUUGGAUCCCAAGAUUGUUCACCGGAGUAGACUUGGGGCAUGACCAUGAGGUUUACAGCGUUAUUUUUCAUUAUGUCUUAUGACCUCAGUAGGGCCAGGGUAUUUCUCCUUACUCCCUGACAUAAACCUAGGCAGAGCCCACCAAGGAAGACAACAGGUGUCAUGAAGGGAGCAAACAUCCUAGGAACCCCAGCUAUAAGAAGUCUCCCUAGUGGUCUGGUCACUGACUUGAGGAGGGACCGUUGCCCUCUGAGCAGAGAACGGACCUGCCUCUAGCCAUGGGGUGGGGUUGAGAUCCUGAGAAAAGGCAACCGUCAACAUGGCUGCCUUUUGAACAGCGCUGGGACUACCUGUCCUCCCACCCCGCAAACAUUUUACUUUCCACUUCCUUUUGUUCUCUCCUUCUGUUCACUGUUUAUGACCCUCAAAGGUCUGAGCAGAUGGGGAAUGUACUCCAAUGGAUGCCAUUCUCCUUGGAGCAGGGAGGGAGGGCUGUGUGGGCUGUAGGUGCUCUGCUAGGUGUGACGAUUUCCAUAAAGAAGCUGGAGACAUUUUCUGGGUGACUAUCUCCCACCCUCAGGUGCUGGGUGGCCUUCCAGAGGGAAGCUGGCCUGACUUUCACUCCUUCCAAGGGUUUUCAGGGGCCUCCUUACCUCCUGCAAGAAGUUGUUUGCUCUUGGGAAUUUCAACAGGAAAAGAUGGAGCUUUUGGCUCCCCAGCCACCACCCCAGGGCCUCCUUACAGUUCUCUGCACACAACAGGUGCUUAAUAGAUAUUCUUGGUUUCAUAGACAAGUGGAAGAUACGAGAUAUGCACCUGGGGAUAAACAUAGGGUAGAUUUAGAAACAUCUCAGGACAGUGAGUUUCUCUGGUGACAUUCAUGCCCCUGUCUCCCUGACAAAGGCUGUUCUUGCUCCCCGUACCCAACCUCCACCUUCCUUACUGCCUGAUGAAGUCAGAGGACAGCCUUCCAUUUAAACUGCUACCCCAAAUGCCAGAUGCCUCAAAGCUGGGUCCCAGAGAAGUAAUGGUAAAAACAUCCACAUUCCCCCCAAAAUCACCCUUAAGCCCACCCCUAAGAUGUUCCAUUGGUUUGUGCGGCUUUCUCCCUCACCUCAGCAGCUGGUGGCUCUGCAGUGAACAUGUGGCUGCAGAGCCUCCUGAAUCUGAAAUGCAUUCUCCCUGGAACCACACAGAAAAGAGAUCAGGGUUGGCUUUUUAUUGUUGUUUUCACAUGAUUUUAACACCCCUCCAUCCCAUAAAAUUGUACUGUGAACUGGAAGACGGUCGAAAUUUUUGAAUUUGAUAGGGACUUUUGGCAGCUGGCUCUACUUACUGUUUCACUCCUGGCUCUGCUCAGGGAGCCGGGAAUCGACAGUUCUGAGGACCAGGGAGGCUUCCCUGGAGGAAGACGGGCAGUUAUAAUCCUCUUUCCCCUCCUGUCCAGUGUGCUGCGCUGAGGUGUCCAAUCAAACGUUCAGACUUGGUGAAGGGGGGACUUUAUCUGAAAGGAUUAUUGCAUGGAGGAGAAAGAGAGUAUUGCAGUAGGAGAAGGGGAACUAUUGCAAUAGGGAGACUGCUCAGAUCACAAGAUCUGACAGCUUCUCAAAGCUCAUGCAGAAAAGGGAUCUUCGUUUAUCAGCAGGUAAACAAGUCUAGGAAUAACUGAAUUCAAGGAAUGUGUUUCUUGUGCUCAGCCUUUUUUGGGAGCGGUUGUUGAGGGUCUGUUAAAAAUCAGCCAUUGAAAACCCUAUGGAGCACAGUUCUACUCUGACACACCUGGAGUUGCUGUAAGUUGAAAUUGACUCCAUGGCAACUGUUUUUUUUUGUUUGUUUGUUUGCUGGCUUGCUGGCUCAGGCUGAGGGUGGGGUCGAAGUGCAGGGUCCUAUGGGGAUGAGCAAAGCUUAGCUAAAGUUGAGUCAAGUCCCUUAACAAGUACUUUGUUCUGAUGCAGAUAUUGUAAAUCUUUUUAAAAGCUAAAUAAGCCUCUUGCUAGUUUUACAACCCAGGAAUGUUUGUCUUAAGAGCCUUGGAGCCAUGUCUUUGAAAUGUAAACCUCAAGAGUGAUAGCAUCCUUAUGGCCCUGGUUUAGCCUAGGCACCUGGUUCCAAGUUGGAACUACCUGCUUGUCGAAUAAGUUCUUUCUAGUCUUAUGUACUCUUCCCUACGAACGAAAAAGGAACCCUGGUGGUGCCGUAGUUAAGCACUCGGCUGCUAACCGAAAGGUUGGUGGUGUGAACCCACCCAGUGGCUCCAUGGGAGAAAAACCUGGCAAUCUGCUCCUGUAAAGAUUUAAGCCUAGAAAACCCGAUGGGGCAGAUCCGCUGUGUCACACGGGGUCUCUGUGAGUCGAAAAUCAACUCAGUGACACUCGACCACUACUUGAAAGAAAGGCAACAACAUAAAACUUCUUUCCUGCCCGAGCUCUGAGACACAGAUUUAGGGUUAGAGCAUUCUCCCUAUUUUUCAGUCAUCCCUUUCCACAGAUUGCAGUAGCUCAUUUUCCUCUCUUGCAAUAAUCCUUUUGAAUAAAGUCUCCUUACCUAUGUCUGCAUUUGUUUUUGACAGAGGGUGUACACGAUUUGCAUUUUUAAAUUGGAGAGCAGUUCUAAAGUCAGUGAUUGGGUCCAUAUGUAUAUAUAUAACAGCUCUGCCGGGCACCCAGGAAAGCCGAAGGAGCACCAGCUGGAAAGGUGCCCUAUUCCCAGGGAAGCUGGCUAAGGAGAGGUUUUGCAGAAUCCAAGCCAACCACCUCCAAAGUAACCCCUCGGUCCACCUUCCCACACCGCCCACCAUGUGUACGUGUGUGUCUGGGAUCCAGGGCAAUGUGAAUUUUGUUUUUAUCUGGGAGAUUGUUCACAGAAACAUCCUCUUCUCUCUUGUCCACCUAUUAAUUGUUUACAAUGAUAUUUGUACAUCUAUGCAAAAUACUUGAAUGGGCCGUUGUGCCUUUUUUCCUUGUUUGUAUUUAAUUAAAAAUAAAUUGUCAUUUGAAAUGGUAUCUGGUUUGGCAGCUCUUUUUUUUUUAAAUGUCCCACUACUGAGACUGGGGAGCC